AUGGCAUCACCACCACCGACAUCAAACCCAACAAACCACCCCAUCACCCUCCGCCUUCCCAGCAAAUACUCCUCUCCCACCACCUCCCCCAGCCCCGGCUCCACCACCGGCACGAGCCCAGGCCCAGGCCCAGGGCCAUUCACCCCGCCGCCCCUCUCUUUCCUCCACCGCACCUGGACCGUGACCCACUCGACGCUCAGCAUGUGGCGCGCCGCGCGCAACGUGCGCAUCACCUACGGCCCGCUGCCAUCCUCCUCCUGGUCCUCCUCCUCCGGCCACCACCACAUGCCGCCGCGCAUGUCAGACCUGGUCGAGUACGAAUCCCUAUCCUCCUCCAAGUCCAACAGCUCAGUCAAGCGCGUCUCGGGCGUCGACACGGCCUCCGGCUCCGGCUCCGGCUCCGACAACACGGGGGAGUGGGACUGGCGGGGCAGCGGGCUGUUGUUUUUUGUGCGCAGUCAUUGGGAGGUGCUUGGGUGGGGGGAAAGGAUGGUCCUGGGGGACGAAGGAGAGGGCGGGCAAGAGCAGGUGGAACGUUGGGUGGUUACGUGGUUCGCGCCGACGAUUUUUACGGCUGAGGGGAUUGAUGUGUAUAGUGACAGGAGGGAAGGGGGGAGUGAGGCGUUGGUGAGGGAGGUGAUGGAGGAGUUGAAACGGGUGGUGCAAGGGAGCGGGAAGUUGGCUGAGAUGGUGGAGAAGGAGAUGAGGGAGGUGGCUGUGAGCUUGCCUUGGAGGGAGAAAUAG